AUGCCUAAAGCUGACGAUUCUGUUGCUGCUAGCGGUCGAACUCUUCGAAGUAGCACUACCAGUGCCACUAGUACACCAGCUGUUGGUAAUGAAGCUGCAUUGAUGCCGGCUCUUUCAAUUCCUGCACUCAGCACUAGUUCAUUCGUUCUUCCAACUGAUUCAGACACUAACACCUCUCUUCCACAAAGCAGAAGCAAAAACCUCUGGAGGAUUUUAUACACCAAUUACUGGUUUAAAUUGUAG